AUGAAGCGAUCGUUAACGAUUCUCCUGCUUAUCGUUUGCCAAUAUGCAAUUGCCUGGCGUUUGUUCCCUGAGCUGAAGAUGCCGCAGCAUAAUGGGAACAAUGUAAAUAUCCUAACUAAGCAACUAAACAAGACGGAUGACGAAUCGAACGAAGAACGUGACCGUAUCAUUGGGAUGGUUGGUAACGUGACGAAUUAUUCCGAAAUAGUGCAGAAUGGAAUUUCAAAAUUGGACAUUGAAAGGAAUUUGCUGAGCAAUGAAACUGCGGAUGCUAUCGCAAAACAGAAGAAUUUGACUGUUGAAUGGCAUUCAUUGGAAGCUCAACUUAGCGGAGCGGAAGCAAGAGUUUCUGGGGUGGAUCAAGAAAUCUCGCCAGACGUUUACGAAAUCAUGAGGGAAACUCGCGCUGUGGAAAAUGCUCAAAACGACCUAAAUUCAAUUGAAGGCGAUACAUGUCCGUGGUAUUGCAUCUGGUGGUGUAAAGACAAUUGGAAAAAAGAGCAUCAACGUAAGGUUGACGAAGCCAAAAAUGUGCUAGCUGCAGCGAGGCGACGUGAAUCAAAUGCAUGGAAUACUCUGUGGGGCAGUCUAGGCAGGGAUAACGACGUACGGGAUCAAAUAAGCAAAGAUGAGCUAGCUAUAAAAUGGAAAAAGCAGGAAUACGAGCAACUGAGGACUUUCAUCUUGAAGAGCACGAAGUUAACGAAUACGAUUUCGCAACUGUUGGAAGAUUUGACUACGUUGAAGGAACAUGUGGAUCAUUUGAAGGAAGAACUGGAAGCGUGUGAAGAUUUGGAUGAGGAAGAUCUGGGAAUUGAGUUGGAAUCCAUAAAUAAAUCACUCGACGCCAUAUCGAAGUAUUUGACUGAUGGCGGAUUUGUGAAGGCUUUAGCCGCCUGGGGGAUUGACAUCAAAGGCUUUGAUGUGGAGUCAAUUAGAUCUCUUGGUAUCGAAGUUGAUGAGAAAAUUGCUCAAUUGCUUGAAAAAAAACCACAGUGA